GCAUUAAAGGCAUAAAGAAAUCAUACCCUUCAGAAUUACGCGGACAUUUGUCCGCAGAUGACUAUUACAAUCGUAUCCGAAGAUUCAACGCUCUCCACAUCGCACAACGCAAUAAAAUCUACGCUUGUAACGUAUGGGUUGGUGUUCUUGGUUCCGAUGAUGACUAUAUUCAGUAUUUCCGUGCUGUGUAUCAAACUGCCCAAAUUGAAGACAAAGGUAAUCAUAUAGUGAACGAUACGGAUAGUUUGGAGGCUGAAUCGGCCGUAUUGAUCGCUACAUUCAAUACCGAAGACAGUGAUCGUAAUAUCGUUUGGAAAAAAGUAGAGAUUACCGGUGAAAGACAUAAUAAAGACUAUCUAAUAAUCGAAAUCUCGCGGCGCAAUACGACACCCGAAAUAAUGGUUUCUUGCCCACCUUCUUACGAUGAUACUGCCAGAUAA